AUGAACUCUCUGUAUAUCUGUAUUCUUCUCUCCGUUUGCACACUAUCUGUACUUUCUCUUCCAUUUUAUUCAAAAAGAGAACUAGCUCCAUCUCUUACUCUCCAUCGGAUCAAUGCACUCAAGGACACCAUUGAUCAGUUGAAUGACAUCAAGAAGGCCAUGAGAUGUCGUGAGAGAGCUGCCGAGCUCGCCUCAAAACGUUCGAAACGAAUGAUCUCCCCAUCCCUUCGUCUCUCCGAACUGAUCGAUCCAUUGGUGACAGGAGAGAGUGUGUCGAACGAGGAGACGCAGAUCGUUCCAAUUCAACAACAAAUCGACGAUGAGUGUGUCGGAUUCUAUCAUGAUAUUCCGUAUUAUUUUUAG